GCCCACUGUGGACCGGACCCUCCAUGGCUUUGAGCUGCCUGCCCUCUUGGCGGGAAAGCAUUACCAACACUGCAACAUUGAAAGAAACUGUUGUACUUUGCAGCUCUGCCUGUAGCGUGGGAAAAGACCUGGAUGCAUAGUUCUAAGACAAUAAAUUAAUUAUGUUUGAUGCAAAAUUUUCUCUUUAUUCCUGUUCCUAGAUCCAUCUAUGCACGCCAAUUUUAUGGUUGUGGACUGGCAGCUCCAAUGAGAGCCAGACGACAACGAAACGUCAACAUAACCUCCGAAAUCGUACACCGGCUGUGUUGUUUGAAUCGAAAGAACAAUGUCGUCUAGCGCGACCAAACUUUCCCAGAAAGAUUAUUUGAAGAAAUAUCUCUCCGGUGGUGCUGAAGGCAAAAAGAAAAAGAAGAAGAAGCCUAAGAGUGGCGAGGCAGUUUUACGGCCCAAGGUGAAAGUGAUUGAUGAUGACGUUGACCUCAGCAAACUACAGGCUCUGGACGACGCUGCCUUAGAUUUAUACGAGUUGACUGAAGAUGCACCCCAAGUUGUGGGCAUCGUGGACGAGCGGCCGGCUGAAGUUAAGGCUCUUGAACAGUACAAACAAGUGCAGCGCUGGAAGGUCCUUAGCAACUCCGACGGGGAUGGGGUCAGUGUUUCAGCCGUCGGUGGACCGAAGCAAGCGUCAAGUGAUGAGGAGGAAGAGUUUUCUGUAAGGCCUCAGGCGGAUGAUCAAAGGAAAAGUAAAUCAAGCAAAGACUCUUCACCCCCAAGAAGAAAGCGAUAUGAAUCCGAUGAGUCACCGCCAAGGAGGGGGAAACGAAAUGAUUCUGAUGAUUCUCCACCUCGGAAGAAGAAAAACUACGAUUCUGAUGCCUCACCACCCCGCAAGAAAAAUCAAGAUGAUUCUGAUGCCUCACCUCCUCGCAGAAAAAUGCAGAGAGAUUCUGAUGCUGCUUCCUCUAGAAAAGGACAGCGUUACGAUUCUGAUGAAUCCCCACCAAGAAAUAAGCGCCAGCAGAGGGAUGAUUCCGAUUCUUUAAGACGAAAGCAAUCUGACAAAUCUACUUCGAGUAAGCACCAACAAGCUGAUUCUGAUUCCUCACCGCCAAGGAAGAGGCAGCAGGAUGAUUCUUAUGCACGCAAAAAAGGUAAACAGUAUGAUGUAGACCAGUCACCCCCCAGAAGAAAGAAACAGAAUGAUUCAGAUACCUCUCCUCCCAGGCGGAAACAAUAUGAUUCAGACACUUCCCCACCCAGAAAAAGACAACCAGAUCAUUCUGAGAGAACGCGACGAAAAAAUCAGUCUGAUUCAGAUACAUCCCCUCCAAGAAGAUCUAGUAAAAGAGAUUCACAAGAUAGCAGUGUUAGUAGACAUAAAAUUAAACAAGAAAAAGAUGACCAUGGUGUACAAGAUAGUAAAAUGAAAAAGACCCUUGAUGGCAAGAAAGCAGGACUUCAAGAUGCUAAACAUCUAAAACAGGAGUUACUAGAGUUCAGGCAAAGGGAAGAGAAGGUCUUUGCAAAGAUGGAUGACUCCCUCUCAGGAAGAGGUGCUGUGGCAGUUCAAAGAGACAGAAAGACUGGGCUCAAGCGGGACAUGGAACGUGAACAAGCAGAACAAAGAGUCAAGGAUGAGCAGGAAAACAAACACAAAGAAAAGUAUACUAGAUGGGGUAAAGGAGUGAAGCAAACAGAAGAUCAACAAGUUCGCCUUCAAAAUGACUUGUAUGAAAUGUCAAAACCGUUGGCAAGAUAUGCAGAUGAUGCAGAUUUAGACUCCUAUUUAAAAGAUCAAGACAGGGAAGGAGAUCCUAUGUUGGAAUACUUGCAGAAUAAAAAGAAAGAGCAGUCUAAAAAUAAAGUACCCGUUUACCAAGGUUCCUUUCCACCAAACCGUUACAACAUAAGGCCCGGCUAUCGCUGGGAUGGUGUGGACAGAUCAUGUGGUUAUGAGAGGAAAUGGUUUGAAGCCAAGAAUGCAAAGAAGGCUGUGGAGGAGGAAGCUUAUAAAUGGAGCACAUCUGACAUGUAAUGUUAAAAUUCUCCCACAAUUGGCAAUUUUAAUAAAAAUAUUUGAAUACAUACCAGUAAA